AUGGAAGAUCAGGCCCUGAGAGAUCCGGGACGUGGCCAGGCGGGGCUCCCCGCGCUGCAGGACUGCAGCAUUCAAGAAAAAAUUGAUUUAGAAAUUCGAAUACGAGGAGGAAUAUCGAAACUCCUUUCUCUGAGCACUCAGAAAGACCAGGUUUUGCAGGCGGUUAAGAAUCUCAUGGUGUGCGAUGCUCGAAUCAUGGCUUACACACUGGAGCUACAGAGAUUAGAAGAGCAGAAUGCAAAUCAAACAAGAAGAUGUGAUGUGAGUUAUGAAAGUAAAGAACGAUCGGCAUGUAAAGGAAAGGUUGCCAUAUCAGAUAUUCGAAUACCACUAAUGUGGAAAGACACUGAUCACUUCAGCAAUAAAGAAGGGCCACAGCGCUAUGCCAUUUUUUGUUUAGUCAAACUGGGAGCUGAAGUUUUUGAUACUGACAUGGUAAUUGUGGAUAAAACAAUGACAGAUAUAUGUUUUGAAAAUGUCACCAUUUUUAAUGAAGCAAGUCCAGACUUUGAGAUAAAAGUGGAAAUAUAUAGUUGCUGUACAGAAGUCUCUUCUAUAACCAACAUACCAAAAAAACUAGCUAAGAAACUUAAAACAUCUAUAAGUAAAGCUACAGGAAAGAAAAUAAAUUCAAUACUUCAAGAAGGAGAUAACGAAAUAUGUUCAUCCUUCAGUUCUGCUUUCCCAGGUGCAAAGUAUAAUUUACUAGCUCAUACCACCCUUACCUUGGAAAGUGCUGAGGAUAAUUUCAAGACCCAUAAUCUGUUUUUUAAUGGAAAUGAGGAGUCUUCAUACUGGCUUCCUUUGUAUGGUAACAUCUGCUGCCGAUUAGUUGCCCAGCCAGCUUGUAUGGCUGAGAAUGCCUUUGCAGGAUUUCUUAAUCAACAGCAAAUGGGAGAAGGUCUGAUGAGUUGGAGAAGGUUGUAUUGUGUUUUGAGAGAGGGUAAACUAUAUUGUUUUUAUACACCAGAAGAAAUUGAAGCUAAAGUGGAACCAACUUUGGUAGUACCGAUUAACAAGGAAACCAGAAUACAGGCAUUGGAUAACGAUAUCAAGAAUAGAAUCCAUAAUUUCUCUGUCUUCAACCCUGUUCAUGGACAGGCUAUAACUCAUAUUUUUGCAGCUGACAAUAAAGAAGAUCUUCAGGAAUGGAUGGAAGCCUUCUGGCAACAUUUCUUUGAUCUUAGCCAAUGGAAGCAUUGUUGUGAAGAACUUAUGAAAAUUGAGAUUAUGUCACCACGGAAACCACCUUUGUUCUUGACAAAAGCAGCGACCUCAGUCUACUAUGAUAUGAGCAUUGAUUCACCUGUGAAACUUGAAAGUAUAACUGAGAUAAUACAAAAAAAAAUUGAGCAGACAAAUGGACAAUUCCUCAUUGGCCAACAGGAAGAAUCCUCACCACCUCCUUGGGCCACACUCUUUGACGGUAAUCGUCAAGUGGUCAUCCAGAAAAAGGUAUUAUCUCCUGCAAGUGAUGAGCAGGUACAUGAUGGGAAAAGGAAAAAAAGACGAGCCCCCCUUCCUCCUACUGAUAAAGUGCCUUUCACGUUAAAAACACAGAGUAACACAGAUCAAUUGGUUAAGGACAACUGGGAAAAAACAAGUGUAUCUCAGACUUCGCCUUCAGAUACCAAAUUAUCAACUCUAAUGCAUCACUUACAGAAACCAGUGGCUGCUCCUCGAAACCUCCUUCCUGCCAAGAAAAAUAGUCUAACUGAUGGUGAACACACAGACACUAAAACCAAUUUUGAAGCCAAGCCAGUGCCAGCUCCAAGACAGAAAUCUAUCAAAGACGUUUUAGACCCUAGAUCACGGUUGCAGGCACAAGUAUAG